CGUCUUUGCACAUUUCUUACUUUCUCUUUCAAAUGUUCUAAAAGUCUUCGCGUUCCCCCUCUCUCUCUCUCUCUCAGCUUCCAUUAUUGGUCCUCUCUCUAACAGUGUAACAGUACGAUAUGGAUAGUCAAGAUCACAAGAAUUCCACUGGUUCUACAGGGCAUGAGAUUCAUGGGGUUCACCUAUGUCACAGAUGUGGUUGGCCAUUUCCAAAUCCACACCCAAGUGCUAGACACAGAAGAUCCCACAAGAAGUUUUGUGGAAAAAUUGAAGGCUAUAAACUAAUCGAAUCAGAAGCUGAAAAUGCCUCUAUGGCAGUUUCAGACGAUGAGCAUUCCUCCGAUGAAGAUCAUCGAACACCCAGUCCCAAGGCUGAGAAGAAAAAUAUCAAGGAGUUUGAUAGUAGUGGUGGAGGAGGUGAAAAAUCAAACAGAUCAGAAUAUGAAGUGUUUGCAGAUGCAGUCACCGACUUUUCAGAUAGUGGAGUUAGUCACAGAUUGGAUGAGCAUUUGGAGAGUGUUUCCGAUAAGAGUGUGAAAAAAGUUAUGGUGGAUGAUCUUAAUAGGAACCAAUUACUGAAGUCUGACGAAACUGCGAUGUUCUUCAUGAGUGCAGAGACAACUAAACAACUGAAUGACCCCACAAGCAGCAGCCAAACAUGCAAGCUGGAAUAUGAGGUGGAGCAGUUGGAGAGUAUUAUUACACCAAGUGAUACUACAUCAGAAACAGUUUCUGUUGGAUUCGCUAAUGCUCUACAGUCUGAUACUAUCAAAUCUGAGAGCCAGACUAAUAUAAUCACUGAUAAUAUAAAUAAAGAUGGUGAUAAAAAAAUGCAGCAAGAGAGAGUGAGUGCUAGAGAGUUUGUAGAUGCCAGAGGGGAAAAAGGUGAGUCAUAUCUGAAAAGCUCAGAUUCUGUGGCCUUAGACUCUGAAGAAGGAAAAACUUCAGAUCUUAAUGUAAUAGUAGUGGAUAGAGAGGAAAAACUUUGUGAUAAGUUGGAUACUGAAGUGGUCAAGCAUGAAGUUUAUACUCAAAAUGAAAGAACUGAAAACAUGGAUUCUUUUGUUGAGGUAAAAAGGGAUGCUGAUUCUGCCACUGAUAUAAAUGUUGAAAGUGACCACAAGUUGAUUGAGAUAUGUAAGUCAGAGAAUGGGCAGGAACAGCUGCAUUUUGAAAAUUUACCAGGAGGAAAUAUUCAUGAAGUCAUAAUUGAAGAUUUCAAAGAUCAUAAAUAUAUUCAGUCUAAGCUUCCUUUGGACCUGAGCUCUGCUGAAAUAACAAGACCCGUAGAAGCUGUUGAUGAAGGUAGUAUUGUGGAGGAGUGUUUGAGAUCCCAUUCAGUUAAUCCUGUUGGAAGCAUGCCUAGCUCUUCUGUAGUUUUGAGUGAUUCCAAUGUUGUGGACGAUAAUCUUAAAGUGGAAGCUGAUACAUCCACAUUAACUGCAACAAGCGUGAGUGUUGAAACUUCUGGUUUUGAAGUCCAAAAAGUUACCUCUGGGGCAGAGAUUCAAUCAAACUGCAGUACUCAAGGAUUGCAGUCUCAUUCGGUUGACUCGGCAAAGAAUGCUCUUUCUGAGUAUUCUCCAGUUAAUGACUCUAGUAUCUUAUCUAUUGUUUCUUCUACUAGUAAGGAAGUCAAGCAAAAAACUGAUGUGCAUGGAGACGAGAAUGCUAAAAAUUGUGACAUAGGUAAGAGUGACAAGGGUCUCACCGUUGGAAAUGAAAGGAGCAAUGGGGACUCUGAGGAAAUGUUAUGUGUCGAAUCAAAAUCAACAUCCGUUCAUGCAGACAAGUCAUCUGCACCUAAAGAUGAUGGUGUUAUAGAAUCAGAACCUGUUGAUGCAGCUGGAAUGGAAGGUGAACUGAAUCAUGAUAGAAAUAUUGUAAAAAUAAGCGAACAUAAAGAUAAACAUGCUUCAAUAGAGCAAGAAUCCAUGCCUUCCAGUCAGGAAUGCUUGAAUGAAACUUCUGCUACUGAUAACGGAUGUACAAGUGACAAAGUUAGCACAUUAAAGUCAGUUGGAAUAGAUUCAGGUGUGGAACUGAUUCACGACGGCAAUAUUGUAGCAUUAGACAACAAUUCACCCGUCUCAAUUACUGAAGAACCAGAAGCUCCACCUUCAGAUUCUGAAGUUCUAAACAAAAGUUCUGGUACUGUUGAUGGUAUACAUAUUACUAGUGGAGAAAAAGGCUCUGGUGUUAAUUACGAGCCUUUGGAAGAUGAACCCGAUGACAAGCUCACAAAACGGAAAGAUGGUAAUUCUUCUGUGUUCAUAUCAGGUGCUUCAAGUAGUCCAACUGAGAGUCUUGAAGGGAACUGGGGAUCAGUCCUUUCCUCGCAAUCCGACAUAGCAGCCAUUGCUGAAACAAAUCAGAAGCAUAAAACUAUAGCCUCAGAAGGCCGUCCUCACAAGUCGGAUGAUUUUGAGCCUCCAUCUUUCGGGACAUUGGUCCAGUCUGCAGAUAAAGUUGAUCAGAGAGGUUCUGCUUCAGAAAUUGAGAUAGCUCAAAAGCCGAAGUCUGAAGCUCUACCGCAAGGCUGGUUCCCUUCCAUAACAAACAUAGCUAAUGAAUCAGAUGGUCGAAAGAAAAAUGAGGAGAUUAUUGCUAAAGUGACUAACUGGAGUUCUGGUAAACAACACAGCCCACUGAAAAAUCUUCUGAGUGAAGCCAAGUCUCCUAACGCAAAACAAGUGCCUGCUGCAAAUCAUAAAGAUGAGACCGCCCCGAAAGAUAAUGGUCGAAGAGGAACCACUGUGAAUUCAACAUUAGGUUCUGGAGCACCAGAUAAAGAAAAGGAGUGGAAUUCGUAUCCGACUGAGAUUAAAAAAGAGAAGAAGAAAGGAAAGCCAUAUUGGGUACCAUUCGUAUGCUGUUCAUCAGUACAUAGAGACUUGUAAUCCUUGGUUUGCAUAGUAGAGAUGAAGAUAUACGAUGAGAAAUUCCAGUACACUUUGUUAUAUGUUACUGUCUUAUCUGGUGGAUUAUGUGUGUUGGUGUGUGUGAUAUAUAUUCAAUGUAGAUAUUUUUGCCCUUUUAUUAGGAUUUGCUGUCUGUCAAUGUCAAAUGAAUAAACCUGUAUGCAUGAACAAUAUGAUAUUUCAUUUCUUUCUCUCUC